AUGGGGUUGAGCCUAGCCAGUCUCCUGGUAGUCUGGCUGGCUCUGUCCUCGGUAGGGACAGCAGACCUUCAGAAAGGCAGGAGUCUCAACCAUGGCCAAGAUGUCUGCAGCACCUGGGGCAACAACCAUUACAAGACCUUUGAUGGGGUUGUCUACCAGUUCCCUGGACUCUGUGAAUACAACUUUGCUUCGGACUGCCUUGACACAUACAAGGAGUUUGCUGUCCACAUCCAGCGUGGCCUGAAUGAGGAUGGCCACCCCCAUAUCGCCUACAUCCUGGUCACAGUCAAGGACGUCACCAUCUACCUCACCUACCAGCUCGUGGUUGUAGAUGGGGAAAUAGUCCAGGUGCCCUACUACAGCUCCGGGCUCCUCAUUGAGAAGAAUGAUGUCUACACCAAGAUUUACGCCCGAGUGGGCUUUUCCCUCAUGUGGAACCUCCAGGAUUCCCUCAUGCUCGAGCUGCACGGUAAAUUCCGCAACCAUACCUGUGGUUUGUGCGGGGACUACGACGGCAGGCAGAUGGACUCCCAGUUCAACGAUGAUGGACUUAUCUUCAGCCCCAUAGAAUUUGGGAACAUGCAGAAGAUUAACCAGCCGGAUGAUGUGUGUGAGGACCCAGAAGAGAAGGCCCCUGAGAACUGCUCAGAGCACCACACCCAGUGUGAGAAUCUCUUGAUGUCAGCGGCCUUUGACGACUGCCAGGCUGUUGUACCAGUGGAGAUGUACGUCCAGGCCUGUAUGCAGGACCUGUGUCAGUGUGAGAAGAACACCUCCUUCUGCCUGUGUAGUACUGUCUCAGAGUUUUCCCGCCAGUGCUCACAUGCUGGAGGCCAGCCCCACACCUGGAGGAAUGACACAUUCUGCCCCAAGACCUGCCCUGGUAACAUGGUCUACCUGGAGAGUGGCUCUCCCUGCAUGGACACCUGCUCCCACUUGGAGGUCAGCAACCUCUGUGAGGAGCACUACUUGGAUGGCUGCUUCUGCCCGGAGGGAACUGUGUAUGAUGACAUCAUGGGCAAAGGCUGCAUCCAGGUGAGUCAGUGCGGCUGCAAACUGCAUGGACACAUCUAUGCCCCCGGGAAGCAGAUUACCAGCAACUGUGAGGAGUGCAUCUGUGAUGCUGGCCGGUGGGUGUGCAAGGACCUGUCUUGUCCUGGCACGUGUGCCUUGGAAGGUGGAGCCCACAUCACCACUUUUGAUGGGAAGAAAUACACCUUUCAUGGAGACUGCUACUACAUUCUGACCAAGGGGGACAGCAAUGACUCCUAUGCCCUCCUGGGAGAGCUGGUGCCUUGUGGUUCCACAGACAAGCAGACCUGCUUGAAGACGGUUGUGUUGCUGACUGACAAGAAGAAGAACAUUGUGGUGUUCAAGUCUGAUGGCAGCGUGCUCCUGAAUGACUUGGAAGUCCACCUACCACACAUCACUGCAAGCUUCUCCAUCUUCCAGCCCUCCUCCUACCACCUCAUCGUGCACACAGCCUAUGGCUUCAGGUUGCAGAUCCAGCUGGUGCCCCUCAUGCAGCUGUUUGUGACCAUGGACCAGGAUUUCCAGGGCAAAGUUCAAGGUCUUUGUGGGAAUUUCAACGGUCUAGAAAGUGAUGACUUCCAAACGGCAGGAGGCCUCAUUGAGGCCACUGGCUCUGGCUUUGCUAACACUUGGAAGGCCCAGUCCAGCUGCCAGGACAAACUAGACUGGCUGGAUGACCCUUGCUCUCUCAGCAUUGAGAAUGCCAAUUAUGCAGAGCAUUGGUGCUCGCUGCUGAAGAAGACAGAAACUCCCUUUGCCAGGUGCCACUCAGUUGUGGAUCCUGUGGAAUAUUACAAGAGGUGCAAAUAUGACACCUGCAACUGUGAGAACAAUGAGGACUGCAUGUGCGCCGCUCUCUUCUCCUAUGCCAGAGCCUGCUCUACCAAGGGGGUUGUACUGUGGGGCUGGCGGGAGCUAGUCUGCAACGAGGACGUCACAUCUUGCCCCAAUUCCCAAAUCUUCCUGUACAACCUGACCACAUGCCAGACCUGCCACUCACUCUCAGAGGCAGACAAGCAUUGUCUCAGGGGCUUUGCUCCUGUGGAUGGCUGUGGCUGUCCUGAUGGCACCUACAUGGAUGAGAAAGGGCGUUGUGUGCUCCUCUCGAAAUGCUCCUGCUACCACAGAGGCUUGUACCUGGAAGCAGGAGAAGUGGUUCUAAAGCAGGAUGAGCGCUGUGUCUGUCAGAAUGGGAGGCUGCAUUGUAUUCAAGUGAAGCUUAUUGGUCAGAGCUGUGCUUUCCCCAAGAUCCACGUAGACUGUGACAAUCUCACAGCGUUGGCCACCCGGACGCCUCACCCCAUCAGCUGCCAGAGCCUGGGGGGCGGCUAUUACCAAACCGAAUGCAUCAGUGGCUGCAUGUGCCCCCCUGGGCUGAUCGAUGACGGCCGAGGUGGCUGCGUCGUGGAGGAAGAGUGCCCGUGUGUCCACAACAAAGAGCUCUAUUCACCUGGACAGAACAUCACCGUGGACUGUAAUACAUGCACCUGCCAGAGAGGGAGCUGGGUGUGCACCAAGUCUGUGUGCCAUGGGACGUGCUCCAUCUAUGGAAGCGGCCAUUACAUCACAUUUGACGGAAAGUACUAUGACUUCGAUGGACACUGCUCCUACGUGGCAGUCCAGGACUACUGUGGUCAGAAAGACUCUCAGGGCUCCUUCAGCAUCAUCACAGAAAAUGUACCCUGUGGAACCACAGGGGUGACCUGCUCGAAAGCCAUUAAGAUCUUCCUGGGAAGAACUGAGCUAAAACUGGAGGAGAAGCAUCUAUGGGUGAUUCACCGGGACGUUGGGGAGCAUGUGUCUUACAUCACCCGGGAGGUGGGCCAGUACCUGGUCAUUGAGGCCAGCAAUGGCAUCAUUGUCAUCUGGGACAAGAGGACGACUAUGUUCAUCAAGCUUGCCCCGACCUUCAAGAAUACCGUGUGUGGCCUGUGUGGCAACUUUGAUGACCGCUCUAGCAAUGACUUCACCACAAGGGAUCACAUGAUUGUCACCAGUGUCCUGGAGUUCGGGAAUAGCUGGAAGGAGGCCCACACCUGUUCAGAUGUGGACCAGACCUUUGAACCAUGCACUGUGAACCCUCACCGCCAAUCCUGGGCAGAGAAACAGUGCAGCAUUCUGAAGAGCCAAGUAUUUGGUGUCUGCCACAGCAAGGUGGAUCCCGUUCCUUUCUACGAGGCCUGCGUCUAUGAUUCCUGCUCCUGCGACACCGGGGGUGACUGCGAAUGCUUCUGCUCCGCCGUGGCCUCCUACGCCCAGGAGUGCACCAAGGAGGGGGCUUGUGUCUAUUGGCGGAGCCCCGACCUGUGCCCUAUAUUCUGUGACUAUUACAACCCCCCCAACGAGUGUGAAUGGCACUACGAACCCUGUGGGAGCCGAAUCCUUGAGACGUGCCGCACUGUCAAUGGCAUCCAUUCCAACAUCUCCCUGUCCUUCCUGGAAGGCUGCUAUCCCAGGUGCCCUCCAAAAAGGCCUAUCUUUGAUGAAGACAAGAAAAAGUGCGUGCCUGCCCACCAGUGUGGCUGCUACGUGAAUGAUGAGCAUUAUGAAGUCAAUGAGAAGGUCCCCACAGAGGAUGUCUGCCAGUCUUGCAUUUGCACGUCAUCUUCUGAGGUCGCAUGUAAGGAGGAGAUAGGGGCAGUCAUUAACCAGACUCAGAACGGGUCCUUCUGCUUUUGGGAGCUGUGUGGUCCCAAUGGCACUGUGACACAGUAUUUCAACAUCUGUGCUCCAACCUCACCUCCUCCCAUCUCGACUGUGUCAACCACCUCGGUGACCACCACUUCUCCCACCACGUCUCUCCCUACCACCACCACCACCACCACCAGCACAGCCAGUGCUCUAUCUACGGGGCCACCUAAAAUUUGCUGUUUUUGGUCUGACUGGAUUAAUGAGGAUCAUCCCAGCACUGGCGACAAUGAUGGUGACUGGGAAAGAUUUGAUGGAGUAUGCAGUGCCCCUGAAAACAUUGAGUGCAGGUUAGCAAAGGAACCCCAUCUGAGCUGGGACCAGCUUGGUCAGAAGGUACAGUGUAAUGUCUCUUUUGGACUCAUCUGCAACAAUGAAGACCAGCUUGAAAAUGAACCAUUUGACCGUUGUUUUGACUAUGAAAUCCGGGUCAACUGUUGUCUGCCCAUGGAUCAUUGCCCAACAACACCCACACCCAUCACUACCACUACUACCUCAGAGAUGUCCACUCCAACAUCCACACCCACCACUACCACUACUACCACAGAGAUUCCAACUACAACACCCACACCCACCACUACCACCACUACCACAGAGACUCCAACUCCAACACCCACACCCAUCACUACCACUACUACCACAGAGACUCCACCUACAACACCCACACCCAUCACUACCACCACUACCACAGAGACUUCCACUCCAAAACCCACACCCAUCACUGCCACUACUACCACAGAGACUUCCACUCCAACACCCACACCCACCACUACCACCACUACCACAGAGACUCCACCUACAACACCCACACCCAUCACUACCACUACUACCACAGAGACUCCACCUACAACACCCACACCCAUCACUAGCACUACUACCACAGAGACUCCACCUACAACACCCACACCCUUCACUACCACCACUACCACAGAGACUCCACCUACAACACCCACACCCAUCACUACCACCACUACCACAGAGACUCCAACUACAAAACCCACACCCAUCACUGCCACUACUACCACAGAGACUUCCACUCCAACACCCACACCCACCACUACGACCACUACCACAGAGACUCCACCUACAACACCCACACCCAUCACUACCACUACUACCACAGAGACUCCACCUACAACACCCACACCCAUCACUACCACUACUACCACAGAGACUCCACCUACAACACCCACACCCUUCACUACCACUACUACCACAGAGACUCCACCUACAAAACCCACACCCAUCAGUACCACUACUACCACAGAGACUCCACCUACAACACCCAAACCCAUCACUACCACUACUACCCCAGAGACUUCCACUCCAACACCCACACCCACCACUACCACCACUACCACAAAGACUCCACCUACAACACCCACACCCACCACUACCACCACUACCACAGAGACUCCAACUCCAACACCCACACCCACCACUACCACCACUACCACAGAGACUCCACCUACAACACCCACACCCAUCACUACCACCACUACCACAGAGACUCCACCUACAAAACCGACACCCAUCACUACCACCACUACCCCAGAGACUUCCACUCCAACACCCACACCCACCACUACCACCACUACCACAGAGACUCCACCUACAAAACCCACACCCACCACUACCACCACUACCACAACCCCUCCAACACCUACCACCAGUGUAACCACAGAGACUCCACCCCCGCCCACAGUCACCUCAGUGCCUCCACCACCCUCCACCACCACCAGCACUACUACUACCCCAACCCAUCCACAAUGUGAUUCUGGGCCUGUCUGUGAGUGGACUGAUUGGGUUGAUUCAAGGAAGCCAAAUGGUAUUGGUGACUUUGAACUGGUUAAAGAUAUUUGCAAGGAAUCUGGCUGGGCAGCCAACAUCACAUGCAGAGCCGUGAUGUUUCCAGACAAGACAAUUGAAGAACUGGGACAAGUUGUAGUGUGUAAUGCCUCAGUGGGACUGGUAUGUAAAAAUGAAGAUCAGAGGCCAGGAUAUAUACACAUGGCUUUCUGUCUCAAUUAUGAAGUCAAGGUUUAUUGCUGUGAGCAGUAUGACUGUAGUACAGCUAACAUGCCAACCACCACAGAGACACCCACUCCAACAACCACGUUUACUAUCACCACCACUGAGACUCCAAAACCCACACCCACCACAACCACCACCCCAAGGCCCCCAACUCCCACACCACACAUAACCACCACAGGGAGUUCACCACCCUCCACAACCACCACUACCACAGAGACUCCAACUCCAACACCCACAACCAUCACUACCACUACUGCCACAGAGACUUCACCUACAACACCCACACACAUCACUACCACUACUACCACACAGACUUCCACUCCAACACCCACACCCAUCACUACCACCACUACCACAGAGACUCCACCUACAACACCCACACCCACCACUACCACCACUACCACAGAGACUCCAACUCCAACACCCACACCCAUCACUACCACCACUACCACAGAGACUCCCACUCCAACACCCACACCCACCACUACACCUACCACAGAGACUUCCACUCCAACACCCACACCCACCACUACCACCACUACCACAGAGACUUCCACUCCAACACCCACACCCAUCACUACCACCACUACCACAGAGACUUCCACUCCAACACCCACACCCAUCACUACCACCACUACCACAGAGACUCCACCUACAACACCCACACCCAUCACUACCACCACUACCACAGAGACUUCCACUCCAACACCCACACCCACCACUACCACCACUACCACAGAGACUUCCACUCCAACACCCACACCCAUCACUACCACCACUACCACAGAGACUCCACCUCCAACACCCACACCCACCACUACCACUACUACCACAGAGACUUCCACUCCAACACCCACACCCAUCACUACCACCACUACCACAGAGACUCCACCUACAACACCCACAGCCAUCACUACCACUACUACCACAGAGACUCCACUCCAACACCCACACCAUCACUACACCACUACUACCACAGAGACUCCACCUACCACACCCAUCACUACCACCACUACCACAGAGACUCCACCAACAAAACCCACACCCAUCACUACCACCACUACCACAAAGACUCCACCUACAAAACCCACACCCAUCACUACCACCACUACCACAAGACUCCACCUACAAACCCACACCCACACUACACCACUACCCACAGAGACUCCAACUCCAACACCCACACCCAUCACUACCACUACCACCACAGAGACUUCCACUCCAACACCCACACCCAUCACUACCACUACCACCACAGAGACUUCCACUCCAACACCCACACCCAUCACUACCACUACUACCACAGAGACUUCCACUCCAACACCCACACCCAUCACUACCACUACUACCCCAGAGACUCCCACACCAACACCCACACCCAUCACUACCACUACCACCACAGAGACUCCCACUCCAACACCCACACCCAUCACUACCACUACUACCACAGAGACUCUCACUACAACACCCACACCCAUCACUACCACCACUACUCCAGAGACUCCACCUACAAAACCCACACCCAUCACUACCACUACUACCACACAGACUUUCACUCCAACACCCACACCCAUCACUACCACUACUACCACAGAGACUCCACCUACAACACCCACACCCAUCAGUACCACUACUACCACAGAAACUCCCACUCCAACACCCACACCCAUCACUACCACUACUACCACAGAGACUCCACCUACAACACCCACACCAAUCACUACCACUACCACCACACAGACUGCCACUACAACACCCACACCCAUCACUACCACUACUACCCCAGAGACUUCCACUCCAACACCCACACCCAUCACUACCACUACCACCACAGAGACUCCACCUACAACACCCACACCCAUCACUACCACUACUACCCCAGAGACUCCCACACCAACACCCACACCCAUCACUACCACUACUACCCCAGAGACUUCCACUCCAACACCCACACCCAUCACUACCACUACCACCACAGAGACUCCACCUACAACACCCACACCCAUCACUGCCACUACCACCACAGAGACUCCACCUACAACACCCACACCCAUCACUACCACUACUACCACAGAGACUCCCACUCCAACACCCACACCCAUCACUACCACUACUACCACAGAGACUUCCACUCCAACACCCACACCCAUCACUACCACCACUACCCCAGAGACUUCCACUCCAACCCCCACACCCAUCACUACCACUACUACCACAGAGACUUCCACUCCAACACCCACACCCAUCACUACCACUACUACCACAGAGACUUCACCUACAACACCCACACCCAUCACUACCACCACUACCACAGAGACUCCACCUACAACACCCACACCCAUCACUACCACCACUACCACAAAGACUCCACCAACAAAACCCACACCCAUCACUACCACCACGACCCCAGAGACUUCCACUCCAACACCCACACCCAUCACUACCACCACUACCACAGAGAUUCCACCUACAACACCUACACCCAUCACUACCACCACUACCACAGAGACUCCACCUACAACACCCACACCCAUCACUACCACUACUACCACAGAGACUCCAACUACAACACCCAAACCCAUCACUACCACUACUACCACAGAGACUCCAACUCCAACACCCACACCCAUGACUACCACUACCACCACAGAGACUUCCACUCCAACACCCACACCCAUCACUACCACCACUACCACAGAGACUCCACCUACAAAACCCACACCCAUCACUACCACCACUACCACAGAGACUCCACCUACAAAACCCACACCCAUCACUACCACUACUACCACAGAGACUCCACCUACAACACCCACACCCAUCACUACCACUACUACCACAGAGACUCCAACUCCAACACCCACACCCAUGACUACCACUACCACCACAGAGACUUCCACUCCAACACCCACACCCAUCACUACCACCACUACCACAGAGACUCCACCUACAAAACCCACACCCAUCACUACCACCACUACCACAAAGACUCCACCUACAAAACCCACACCCAUCACUACCACCACUACCACAAAGACUCCACCUACAACCCACACCAUCACUACCACCACUACCACAAAGACUCCACCUACAAAACCCACACCCAUCACUACCACCACUACCACAAAGACUCCACCUACAAAACCCACACCCAUCACUACCACUACUACCACAGAGACUCCACCUACAACACCCACACCCAUCACUACCACUACUACCACAGAGACUCCCACUCCAACACCCACACCCAUCACUACCACUACUACCACAGAGACUUCCACUCCAACACCCACACCCAUCACUACCACCACUACCCCAGAGACUUCCACUCCAACCCCCACACCCAUCACUACCACUACUACCACAGAGACUUCCACUCCAACACCCACACCCAUCACUACCACCACUACCACAGAGACUCCACCUACAACACCCACACCCAUCACUACCACCACUACCACAGAGACUUCCACUCCAACACCCACACCCACCACUACCACUACUACCACAGAGACUUCCACUCCAACACCCACACCCACCACUACCACCACUACCACAGAGACUCCACCUACAACACCCACAGCCAUCACUACCACUACUACCACAGAGACUUCACCUACAACACCCACACCCAUCACUACCACCACUACCACAGAGACUCCACCUACAACACCCACACCCAUCACUACCACCACUACCACAAAGACUCCACCUACAAAACCCACACCCAUCACUACCACUACUACCACAGAGACUCCACCUACAACACCCACACCCAUCACUACCACCACUACCACAGAGACUCCAACUACAACACCCAAACCCAUCACUACCACUACUACCACAGAGACUUCCACUCCAACACCCACACCCAUCACUACCACCACUACCACAGAGACUCCAACUACAACACCCAAACCCAUCACUACCACUACUACCACAGAGACUCCAACUCCAACACCCACACCCAUGACUACCACUACCACCACAGAGACUUCCACUCCAACACCCACACCCAUCACUACCACCACUACCACAGAGACUCCACCUACAAAACCCACACCCAUCACUACCACCACUACCACAAAGACUCCACCUACAACACCCACACCCAUCACUACCACCACUACCACAAUGACUCCACCAACAAAACCCACACCCAUCACUACCACCACUACCACAAAGACUCCACCUACAAAACCCACACCUAUCACUACCACCACUACCACAAAGACUCCACCUACAACACCCACACCUAUCACUACCACUACUACCACAGAGACUCCACCUACAACACCCACACCCAUCACUACCACUACUACCAUAGAGACUCCAACUCCAACACCCACACCCAUGACUACCACUACCACCACAGAGACUACUCCACCUACAAAACCCACACCCAUCACUACCACCACUACCACAAAGACUCCACCAACAAAACCCACACCCAUCACUACCACCACUACCACAAAGACUCCACCUACAAAACCCACACCCAUCACUACCACCACUACCAGAAAGACUCCACCUACAAAACCCACACACAUCACUACCACUACUACCACAGAGUCUCCACCUACAACACCCACACCCAUCACUACCAGUACUACCACAGAGACUCCAACUACAACACCCAAACCCAUCACUACCACUACUACCACAGAGACUCCAACUCCAACACCCACACCCAUGACUACCACUACCACCACAGAGACUUCCACUCCAACACCCACACCCAUCACUACCACCACUACCACAGAGACUCCACCUACAAAACCCACACCCAUCACUACCACCACUACCACAGAGACUCCACCAACAAAACCCACACCCAUCACUACCACCACUACCACAAAGACUCCACCUACAAAACCCACACCCAUCACUACCACCACUACCACAGAGACUCCACCUACAACACCCACACCCACCACUACCACCACUACCACAGAGACUCCAACUCCAACACCCACACCCAUCACUACCACUACCACCACAGAGACUUCCACUCCAACACCCACACCCAUCACUACCACUACCACCACAGAGACUUCCACUCCAACACCCACACCCAUCACUACCACUACUACCACAGAGACUUCCACUCCAACACCCACACCCAUCACUACCACUACUACCCCAGAGACUCCCACACCAACACCCACACCCAUCACUACCACUACUACCACAGAGACUCCACCUACAACACCCACACCAAUCACUACCACUACCACCACACAGACUGCCACUACAACACCCACACCCAUCACUACCACUACUACCCCAGAGACUUCCACUCCAACACCCACACCCAUCACUACCACUACCACCACAGAGACUCCACCUACAACACCCACACCCAUCACUACCACUACUACCCCAGAGACUCCCACACCAACACCCACACCCAUCACUACCACUACUACCCCAGAGACUUCCACUCCAACACCCACACCCAUCACUACCACUACCACCACAGAGACUCCACCUACAACACCCACACCCAUCACUGCCACUACCACCACAGAGACUCCACCUACAACACCCACACCCAUCACUACCACUACUACCACAGAGACUCCCACUCCAACACCCACACCCAUCACUACCACUACUACCACAGAGACUUCCACUCCAACACCCACACCCAUCACUACCACUACCCCAGAGACUUCCACUCCAACCCCCACACCCAUCACUACCACUACUACCACAGAGACUCCCACUACAACACCCACACCCAUCACUACCACCUCUACUCCAGAGACUCCACCUACAAAACCCACACCCAUCACUACCACUACUACCACACAGACUUUCACUCCAACACCCACACCCAUCACUACCACUACUACCACAGAGACUCCACCUACAACACCCAAACCCAUCAGUACCACUACUACCACAGAGACUCCCACUCCAACACCCACACCCAUCACUACCACUACUACCACAGAGACUCCACCUACAACACCCACACCAAUCACUACCACUACUACCACACAGACUGCCACUACAACACCCACACCCAUCACUACCACUACUACCCCAGAGACUUCCACUCCAACACCCACACCCAUCACUACCACUACCACCACAGAGACUCCACCUACAACACCCACACCCAUCACUACCACUACUACCCAGACAGAGACUUCCACUCCAACACCCACACCCAUCACUACCACUACCACCACAGAGACUCCACCUACAACACCCACACCCAUCACUGCCACUACCACCACAGAGACUCCACCUACAACACCCACACCCAUCACUACCACUACUACCACAGAGACUCCCACUCCAACACCCACACCCAUCACUACCGCUACUACCACAGAGACUUCCACUCCAACACCCACACCCAUCACUACCACCACUACCCCAGAGACUUCCACUCCAACCCCCACACCCAUCACUACCACUACUACCACAGAGACUCCCACUACAACACCCACACCCAUCACUACCACCACUACUCCAGAGACUCUACCUACAAAACCCACACCCAUCACUACCACUACUACCACACAGACUUUCACUCCAACACCCACACCCAUCACUACCACUACUACCACAGAGACUCCACCUACAACACCCAAACCCAUCAGUACCACUACUACCACAGAGACUCCCACUCCAACACCCACACCCAUCACUACCACUACUACCACAGAGACUCCACCUACAACACCCACACCAAUCACUACCACUACUACCACACAGACUGCCACUACAACCCCCACACCCAUCACUACCACUACUACCCCAGAGACUUCCACUCCAACACCCACACCCAUCACUACCAGUACCACCACAGAGACUCCACCUACAACACCCACACCCAUCACUACCACUACUACCACAGAGACUCCCACUCCAACACCCACACCCAUCACUACCACUACUACCACAGAGACUUCCACUCCAACCCCCACACCCAUCACUACCACUACUACCACAGAGACUCCCACUACAACACCCACACCCAUCACUACCACCACUACCCCAGAGACUUCCACUCCAACCCCCACACCCAUCACUACCACUACUACCACAGAGACUCCCACUACAACACCCACACCCAUCACUACCACCACUACCCCAGAGACUUCCACUCCAACCCCCACACCCAUCACUACCACUACUACCACAGAGACUCCACCUACAACACCCACACCCAUCACUACCACUACUACCCCAGAGACUUCCACUCCAACCCCCACACCCAUCACUACCACUACUACCACAGAGACUCCACCUACAACACCCACACCCAUCACUACCACUACUACCCCAGAGACUUCCACUCCAACACUCACACCCAUCACUACCACUACUACCACAGAGACUCCCACUCCAACACCCACACCCAUCACUACCACUACUACCCCAGAGACUUCCACUCCAACACCCACACCCAUCACUACCACUACUGCCACAGAGACUUCCCCUCCAACACCUACCACCAGUGUAAGCCCAGAGACUCCACCCCCACCCACAGCCACCUCAGGGACUUCACCAUCCUCUACCACCACCACCACUGAGAUCCCAACACCUCCUCAUACCACCACUUCCACCGCAGAGACACCCCACACAACCACCCCAGAGACCCCAUCACCUUCCUCCUCUACCACCACCACUGUCACUGAGACUCCUAAACCUGCACCCACCACAACCACCACCCCAAGGCCCCCAAGUCCAACACCAUACACAAGUACCCCAGAGACUGCAACUCCCACAUCGCACACAACUACCAUAGGGAGUUCACCACCCUCUACAACCACCACUACCACAGAGACUCCAACUCCAACACCCACACCCAUCACUACCACUACUGCCACAGAGACUUCCACUCCAACACCUACCACCAGUGUAACCACCGAGACUCCACCCCAUCCCACAGCCACCCCAAGGACUCCAACACCUCACACAACUACCACCUCCUUCCCAGAGACACCCACUACCACCCCAACCACCACCGGAAGGGGGACUCCAACUUCAAUUUUAUCCACAACCACAAAAGAAAUAGGAACAACAACAAUCAUAGCUGUAGAGACUACAACCCCAACUAUGAGCACCGCAGAGACACCAUCCAGAACUACAAGAGAGACUCCAACUCCAACAGGAACAAGCAUUCCAGGCACGAGCCCCACAAUGACGACAACAAGGGGGACCCCACCUCCUUCCACUCCCCCACCUCCCCCACUUCCCCGGAGAUCACGAUGCCCACUCAGCCUCCCCACAGCACUUCCAGUGUGCAUCCCAACCACAGUGUGCACCACCUCCAUCCCAGUGCACAGCACGGGGCUCUCCACCAAAGCCACCGCCAGCCCGCUCACGGCUCCCAUAGUCAGCAUCAGCACUGGCACCAGCAUACCGACAUCCCACUCCAAGUCCUGCUGUUUCUUGAAUGACACAUAUUAUGGGAGAGGCGAAGUGAUAUACAGCGGGACACACGGAGACUACUGCUACUUUGUCAACUGCUCUCUGGACUGCACAAUUGAGAUCUUCAACUGGUCCUGCCCUUCCACGCCCCGGCCCUCAACCCCAGCACCGAGCCAGUCAAGCCCGACCAUACCCUCUCCAGCCUGCCCUAACUUUGUGCCGCCACGGCAGAAGAAUGAAAUUUGGUGGCUAUGCAACUGUACCAUGGCUAUGUGUAAGCACGAUAACACAGUGGAGAUUUUUGAGAAGGUGUGCGACCCACCACCCAAGCCUGUGUGCAGCAAUGGCCUCAACCCCGUGUGGGUCCUGGACCCUGAUGGCUGCUGUGGCCACUGGGAGUGUGAUUGCUACUGUACUGGCUGGGGAGACCCCCAUUACACCACCUUUGACGGGCUGUACUACAGCUUCCAAGGAAACUGCACUUAUGUGCUCGUGGAAGAGAUCUCUCCCACCGUGGACAACUUCGGUGUUUACAUCGACAACUACAACUGUGACGUCAACGACAAGGUGUCCUGCCCACGCACCCUCAUUGUGAGGCACGAGACCCAUGAGGUUCUCCUCGAGACCAUCCAGAUGGCACCCAUGAAGGUCCAGGUGCUGGUGAACAAUCAGACGGUGGCGCUGCCUUAUGAGAAGUACGGCGUCCAGGUCUACGAGGCUGGCAUUAACUAUGAGGUGUACAUCCCGGAGCUUGACGUGCUGGUGUCUUACAAUGGUCUCUCCUUUGGUAUCAAGAUGCCUUAUAACAAAUUUGGCAGCAACACCAAAGGCCAGUGUGGCACCUGCACUAACAACCAGACUGAUGACUGCAUGCUGCCCAGUGGAGAGGUCAUCUCUGACUGUGAAAUCAUGGCCAAUGAAUGGGUGGUGAAUGACCCUUCGAAGCCCUACUGCCCCAACACUGGCUUAAUGAGUGGAUCUUCCUCUGCCCCCAAGCCCGGAGUAACACCUCUCCCCUCGGACUGCAUCCCAUCGCCUCUCUGUGAGCUCAUCAAGGGCAGCCUAUUUGCCGAGUGCCACGAAUAUGCCUCACCCCAGUACUACUAUGAUGCCUGCAUCUUUGACAGCUGCUUUGUGCCUGACUCUGGCAUGGAGUGUGCCAGUCUGCAGACCUAUGCAGCCCUCUGUGCACAGGAGGGCAUCUGCAUUAGCUGGCGAGAGCACACUGACGGCGUCUGUGAUGUGACAUGCCCAUCUCAUAAAGAGUAUAAGGCGUGUAGUCCUGUUGAGGAGCAGACCUGCAAAUCCAGCUCAGAGGCGACCAUGGACAAGAGGAUGAUAGAAGGUUGCUUCUGUCCUGAUGGCACCAUCAGCUUUGCCCCUGGCAUCGAUGUCUGUGUGCAGACUUGUGGCUGUGUGGGACCAGACAACGUGCCCAGAGAGUUUGGGGAAAGCUUUGAGCUUGACUGCAACACCUGUGUCUGCCUGGAAGGAGGCAGUGGCAUCGUGUGUGAGGCCAGGGAGUGCAGUGAGCUGCAGCCUGACUCAUGCCAGGAGGAGGGCACCUACCCUGUCAUUGAGGUGGACCCCAACGACACCUGCUGCAAUAGGACCUACUGCAAAUGCGAUAUGAGCCUAUGCCAAACCGAGCUGCCUGUGUGCUCUGUGGGAUUUGAGCUAAAGACACAGCUUGUCCCUGACAAGUGCUGCCCUGUCCACUCUUGUGAGCCCAAGGGUGUUUGUGUCCUGGGCCAGGCUGAAUACAAGCCGGGAUCUCCAGUGUACUCUGAGAAAUGCCAAGAAUGUAUUUGUACCAACAUGGUCAAUGACUCCACUCACCUGAAUAUCAUUUCCUGCAGCCACGUGCCCUGCAACAACUCUUGCCAACCUGGGUUUGAACCUGUGAAAGUGACAGACCAGUGCUGUCCCAAGUGUGAGCAGACCCACUGUGUGAUACAACAGACUGGCAACCUAAUCCUUCUCAAGCCUGGUGAGAUGCAGAAUGACCCUAAGGACAACUGCACCGUCUAUAGCUGUAUGAAGCUUCAAGACCUUCUCAUCUCGUCUGUCUCAGAAAUCACUUGUCCUGACCUGGACUUGGGAUCCUGCCAGACUGGCACGAUUAAGCUGAUGCCUAAUGGUUGUUGUAAGACAUGCACAUUCCGAAAUGAGACCAUGGUACCUUGUUCGAUGGUGCCGAAAAAGGAGGUGAUUUCCGUGGGGAACUGCAUGAGGGAGCUGCUGAUCAAUCACUGCGAGGGUGCCUGUGAGACGUUUGCCAGGUACUCAGAGGAGGCCCAGAGCAUGGACCAUCAAUGUUCUUGCUGCAAGGAGGUGAAGACCAGCCAGAAGGUGGUGGAACUGGACUGUGAGGGAGGGGGCAAGCUUGCCCACAACUACACUUACAUCGAGAGCUGUGGAUGUCAGGACACCGUCUGUGGAAUUCCUCUGGAGAGCGAUGGGACAGUCUCUCAGAGUCGCGCCCGCCGAGCCCUGCGGAGGUCCAGAGUGUGAGCGCCUGCUUGGGCACUCAGUCGUCCUCUUAAGCCUCUGUCUCUGCAUCCCCGAAUCCUCAAGACUUUCUCGUCUUUCCUUUUAUUCUUUUAAAGAAAAUAUUUAUUUUCUGAUCUUGUCAAACUCUUUUUACUCUUAACUAAUAAAAUCGUGAG